GGUAUAAUCUGCGUAGUCCGUACCCUCAAAACCUCCCUCUCGGCUCUCUCUCACACACCAAAGACAAAACCCUGUCACACCUGGCUGUGAUCGUUGCCGGCUUCAACAGUCCGCCGGUUGCUGAAAGUGUUUUGAUAUCCACUCUAGUGGAGUUACAUAGGUAUAUAAAACACAUAAAGUCAUCAUGGGUUAUACAAACACAAACAAGACUUGGGUUGGUAACAUGUACCAUAAGUUUGAGUGUAUAUGCCAGGAUGUUGAUGGUUUCAUAACCAAGGGUACUGCGAAUUAUGUUGGGAAUCAGGUGCAAAGUGUUGGUGACAACAUGAAAAGGUUAUAUUCUGGUGUUGUGCAGGAUUUUCUGUCACCACAUAAUCCUGUAGAACAAGAAGGGCAGUCCACAAGAAGAGAACAAAGCAAUGCAAGUGCAGAAACUGGAUUGUCUUUUCAUAAUGAUGGUGAUGCUGCAAUUUGUAGGAGUUCACAUCUCAACUUCAAGGAGAGUAUGACAAUGGGGGCUCAGGGAUCACAUUCUUCCUGCAAUACAAGUUCUGAAUCACUACAAUCUUCACUUCAUGGUGUAGGACCAACAACUGCCCAGAAAGAUGAUACUCUCAGUAAGAGCUUUCCAGAUGACCCGAAUCUUUCAUUGAGCUGUCAGAUAAAACUAAAAGGAGACUCCAUCCAGGAGGUUAAAAUAGUGACUGAGGAAUUGGGUUCUACUGAAUAUCAAAAUUCAUCUAGAUCACAACUACUUUCUGCCUCGCAUCUUGAGUCCGACUGUAGAACCUCCCAGGAGGAUGAGAUGGUGACUACUAGGGAUGCUACUGAAUUUGUUUCUGAAGGGAGUAGCAUGUUGGUGGAAGAGUUUGUGACGGGCGAAUCUAGUUCCUCUGAUGAUAAGACCUUGUCUGAAGCACUUCAUGAUACAGAUGACGGCAGUGAGUUCACAGAUGAUGGGACAAUGUUUAGUAGCUUUUCUAGUGCUUCUUGUCAUGUUUCUGAUGCAUCACAUGAUUGGAGACAAUUGCAUGGGAAGACCAUGCGGGUGGAGCAAUCACUGAAUCUGGGAUCAGACUCUUCUGAAGAUAUUGCAUUGAAGUCCCAUACGUUUUCAAAUGAUCAAGAUCACAAAUCUCAGGUUACUUCAGUAACUUCACUCAAUGAUCCAGGACUUGGGUCGUUUCAUAAAAGAACCAGAGAACAUGGCAGGCAUGCUGAUUCUGGCGAGUGUGGUUCUAGAGUCUCUAGUGACCUGAAGUUCCCCACAUCCUCUGCUACUUUUUCCUGUGUAAACAAUGCUAUUGAUGUGAUGCCGGAUUUCUGCAGCACUGCAUCGUCUUCAGAUUUUAGAGGUGCAUCAGAAGAUGAUCUCAAGCAUGGUUUUCAGCAUAAUCAAUUGACAGCUCUUAUUUCUCCUGUGGAAACAGAUCCUUGCAUGGAAACGAUUGAUCUAUCUGAUAAGGAGAAACUUGACUUUAGCUGCGUCCAAAUGGAUAGCAAUAAACCACUCAACACUGUCUCUUCAGGACCAAGAAGAUUGAAAUCUUACAAGAAAUUAAUACAAGAUGCUUUAACUUCUCGGAAGAAAUUAGUUACUGAGUACAAGCUGUUGGCGAUUUGGUAUGGAGAUAUCGAUCCAGAAGGCUGCCAACAUUCAAUGGAUAGCCCUGCUAAUGUCCCUGCAACAUCUUUACAGUCAUGCAAAUGCUGUGAAUCUGGAUGGGAACUUCUGUAGAUAAGCCAUUUACUUGUCUUGUACAGACAAAUGGUAGUUUGAGCUGUUCAUUGUCAAUAAGUUGCCCACACAAUUCCUUCUUUUGGCAAUAUUUGAAUUCAACAGAAUUCCUUCUUUUGACAAUAUUUUAGUAGACUAAAUUUCCAUUUUUGGUUCUCUGACUAUUGUU